AUGACACAGGUCACCGGCAACAGCACAGACCCCUUCAGCUACCUUGAAGCGCCGGACGAUGCGUGGUGGUCGCACAACGCCUUCCAAUUCGCGAUAGAGAGCUGGCUGCCUUCUGUAUUCCACGACUUGGAUGUGCUGGAGGAAGCAACGGCUGGAUCGGAUUCCUGCCUUGCAACGAUCGACCGCAUCGUGCGAGGCUGCCUUGAGAACAGAAUGCACAUGUUCUCUCUCCUUGCCGCGAGCAGUGGGUUUAUGAAGUUCGUUCUCAGACUACAACUCGACCGGCACGACACGCCUGAAUACUGCAUGGGCAAGGCUCUGCAACAUCUACGGCACCAUCUGGCGGCAAGUGAUCCCCAGCCAAACGAGAGUCUCAUAUUUGACCUAAUGGCACUGUCAACCUUUGAACGGUACGUCAACAACUUUGAAGGAGCCCGAACGCAUUUUCGGAUGGUUCAGCACCUUGUUCGAUUACUCGGUGGGCUGGGGGUGAUGGAGCUGCCCAUGCGGCUGCUAUGUUGGCUGUGGGAUCUGCUGGUUGCCGGCUGUGCUGGAGAGACUCCGCUGCUGCCCCUUACAUGGGAUCCUGGUUCACUUCCACAACAACGCAUGCAGAACGACAUACUUCCAGACCUUGCGCAAAGUGGAAUCAUGCCUAGUGGCUCUGGGCUGCUUGAGUACGGGCCGCUUGUACAUCGAGAACUCACCCCAAUCAUCGGCGACACCGUUCAGUGGUUUCAGGUCCAGCAGUACAACUACAUCCACAAUUUUUUCAGAUCCUCCGUCGAACGAUGGGCCACAAAACAAUCACAUGCCCUGGUCCAUCGCUUGCUUUCAGUAUCACCAACUUCGCCGGGUGAUCCACUUCAAGGCGUGCUUUCCGAAUGCAUCAAGCAGAGUAUUUUGAACGUGAUAGCCCAAAUUGAGGCUGCACGAAGGUCGCAAGCCGAUACAAGCUCCAUCAGAGAUUACACAACUUCCUCAUGGUCAGACGUCAAUCGGCUUUACCACUCUCUCUCGAUGCUGGUCCAGUCCGGGGAGAACUGGCAGACCCAACACGGAGAACUGGUCCUCUGGAUGGCCUGUCUUGGAGUUCAGCAGACAGUGUCAGCAGUGAGAAUACCAUCGACGCAGUCGCUACCGUUGGGGGGACAGGAAGAUGACCUUCACGCCUGGUUCGUCGCGUUAGCUAGGCAGAUCCUUGACAGUCAGCGUCGAGAGGGACCACCUGCCCAUUACGCUCGUACAGAUGAGCUGGUGCAGGUCAUGAACCGGUAUAUCCAUCGCUGUGAGCCUUCCGGGAGGCCGAGUGUCGACUUGCUCGAAGUGGUGUUUGAAGCAUGA